UUGCGCCACCCCCAUGCUCCAUCUCUCCCCCUCCUAUCCAUCUCCACAGGAUUUUAAGCGACUAAUUUAAUUUGAUUAUAGUUAAGUUUAGUUAAUUAUUGCUGAUCUGAAAAAAAAAAGUACACACAGAGUCGUAGAGGGAGAAGUAAAAGCGAGUGGGAUGGCCGUCUCUUCCGCUAUAUAAAGGGUCGCUUCGCCCAACCAACCCCCUCCUCCCCCGCGCAUCCAUGGCGAACCUCCCCUCCACCGCCGCCGCCGCCGCCGCAGACGCCUCCGGGUUCAAGCUCUUCGGGAAGGUGAUCCAGCCCGACGGACAGCGGGGCGUGGAAGAGAGCGCGGCGGCGCAGGCGCCACCUCAUCCGCAUCCGCCUGCGCCGCCGGUGAUGGAGGCGGCGGCGGCGGCGGCGGGGACGUCGCAGACUCUGCAGGCGGCGGGCGGUGGCGGUGGCGGAGGAGGGGGAGGAGGGGGAGAGCCGCUGCCGUGCCCGCGGUGCGGGAGCAGGGAGACCAAGUUCUGCUACUUCAACAACUACAACGUGCGGCAGCCGCGCCACCUCUGCCGCUCCUGCCGCCGCUACUGGACGGCCGGCGGCGCGCUCCGCCGCGUCGCCUCGGCGUCCCCGGGAAGGCGCAGGCCCCGCCCCAGCGCCGCCCGAUCGGCCGCCGCCGCCGCCGCCUCCGCCUCCGCGGCGUCUCCCCCCGCCGCCGUCCCCGCCGCCUCCGAGGGGGCGGAGAGCGUUGACUCGCGGUCGUAGGCGUGGGCGCGGCGUGGCUCCGGCUCGCCUCGAGGCUUCCUCCUCACAUGGCGCGGGUGACGUCACUCCUCCCCCCCCCGGGGGGCCCACGCGUCGGAGAGUCUCCUCUUUCCACUUUUUGGCAUUUUUCUGGAGGGUACGGGUAGGUUUCUGUUUUUCUUUUUUGGAGAUACCAUUUUAGGAUUCUUUUGGUGGCCAAAUGGAUGAGGCCAGCAACGAAAGAGAUAAGAAAAGGAAAUUUGGAAAUUUGGGUGCUUUCAAAAUUGGUAGGCAGUUCAAAUGAAUGUACUACUACUACUAGCAGCAGCAGCAGGCCUCGAGGCAAUGAGAUGAUGAAUCAGAGUGGCAGAUUGAGCCGUGAUUUAUUGAAAUCUUCGUCUUCUUGAGUUC